CCGUCCUUAACCAUGUCUAUGUCCUCUCCCCUCACACACACUCACGCCACCCAAGUCACCGACCGUCAAUUCCUUCAUAAUCUCUCUGCCUGCCUCAUACAAUCUCUUAUUUAAGUUUAAUUCUUUUUUCUUUUCAAUAAUUCAUUUGGCCUUUUAUCAAUAUCAAAUGUUCAUAGUUUCAUAACAAAGGUGGGUCUUGAUCUUUCUUGGAGGCAGAAGUCUUCGGAUUUUGAUUCUUCAAAAAAAUUUGUGGUGGAGUAGGAAAGGAGAGAGGUUUUGUGUAUGAAAUAGAAUGGCUGAUCCCAGAAGUGGAGUUCGACGAUCAAAGAGGGUUAAUAAUGUGCAAGACAAUCCUGCUGUUUUAGUUCCACCUGCUUGCCCAGGUACCAGAAUAGUGCCAGCCAGCAGAGGAAGAGGGAGAGGCUCUAGAGCUAUGAAUCAAGGUAAAAAUGUUAAGCUGACUGGUGCUGGAAUCGGCGCUCAUGGAAAUACUGGUUUAGACUUGCCAGUAGGAAAUUUAAUUUCCGUUCGUGAGCUAGGAGUUCAGAAAAGUGCAGAAAAACUAGCUGUUGCUGACGAUGAAGGAAGCACAAGUCCGCUUCCUGAGAGGGUGCAGAUUGGCAAUUCUCCACUGUACAAGUUAGAUAGAAAGCUGGGGAAGGGGGGUUUUGGACAAGUAUUCGUGGGAAGAAGAGUGGCUGGUGGUAUCGCUGGAACUGGACCUGAUGCCUUUGAGGUUGCUUUGAAGUUAGAGCAUAAAAAUAGUAAAGGCUGCAGUCACGGUCCUCCAUAUGAGUGGCAAGUGUACAGUUCUCUCAAUGGUUGUUAUGGAAUUCCCUCUGUCCAUUAUAGAGGCCAGCAAGGAGACUACUAUAUCUUAGUCAUGGACAUGCUUGGCCCAAGUUUAUGGGAUCUUUGGAACACUAAUAAUCAAAUGUUGUCUGAAGAUACAGUUGCUUGUAUAGCAGUGGAGGCUAUAUCAAUUCUAGAACAGCUUCAUAUCAAAGGUUUUGUGCAUGGAGAUGUUAAACCUGAAAACUUUUUGCUUGGUCUGCCCGGAACACCUAAUGAGAAGAAGUUGUAUCUUAUUGAUCUUGGUUUGGCAUCAAAAUGGAGAGAUUCAUCAUCUGGUCGUCAUGUUGAAUAUGACCAAAAGCCGGAUGUUUUCAGGGGAACUGUACGUUAUGCGAGUGUACAUGCUCAUUUAGGUAGAACAGGGAGCCGUCGGGAUGAUCUUGAGUCGCUAGCUUAUACCUUGGUAUUUCUUCUUAAAGGAAAACUUCCCUGGCAGGGCUACGUUGGUGACAAUAAAGGGUUCCUUGUCUGUAAGAGAAAGAUGGCAACUUCCUCUGAGACAUUAUGCUGCUUGUGUCCUCCUCCUUUUCAAAAAUUCCUUGAGAUGGUGACCAACAUGAGAUUCGAUGAAGAACCCAAUUAUUCAAAGCUUAUUUCUCUUUUUGAUGGCAGCAUAGCUCUUAAUGCGUCUCUGCGACCAAUCAGAACUGAUGGGGUAGCUAAGUUUGGUCAAAAAAGAGGAAGAUCACUUGUGGAGUUAGAAGAUGGUGGGCAGCCUAGGAAGAAAGUUCGAUCAGGUAGUCCAGUCUCUCAGUGGAUCUCAGUAUAUAAUUACAGAUCAGCAAUGAAGCAGAGGUAUCACUACAAUGUUUUGGAUGCAAGACUUCAACAGCAUGUUGAUAAAGGGAAGGAGGAUGGUUUGUACAUUAGCUGCGUAUCUUCUUCCUCGAAUACGUGGGCUGUUGUUUUGGAUGCAGGAACAGGUUUCUCAUCCCAGGUUUUUGAACUAUCACAAAUUUUCCUGCAUAAGGAGUGGAUAGUGGAACAGUGGGAGAAGAAUUACUAUAUCACUGCAGUUGCUGGUGCAUGCAAUGGCAGUGCCUUGGUGGUAAUGUCUCAAGGUGUGCCUUACACUCAGCAGUCUUACAAAGUCAGCGAUGUUUUUCCUUUCAAAUGGAUCAAUAGGAAGUGGAAAGAGGGCUUCUUUGUUACCUGCAUGACCACUGCAGGUAGCAAAUGGGGUAUUGUCAUGUCCCGCAAUGCAGGUUUUUCGAAUCAGGUUGUGGAACUUGAUUUUCUAUAUCCAAGUGAAGGGAUCCAUAGAAGGUGGGAAGAUGGAUACCGGAUUACUUCAACUGCUGCAACAUCAGAUCAAGCUGCAUUCAUACUUAGUGUGCCCAAGAGAAAAUUGCCCGAUGUGGCACAAGAAACGCUUCGGACAUCUGCUUUUCCAGCUACCCAUGUCAAGGAGAAAUGGUCAAAGAACUUGUAUAUUGCUGCUAUUUGCUAUGGAAGAACAGCCUCUUGAAAUUUGGUAUUGGAAGAAGACAUUGCACUUGGACUUUUAGGGCAGGUGAUCGGGUUCAGCGAAAUCUACUGCCUGCCCCUGCCAGGCGCUCUGGGUGAGAGAUUAUUAUGGAGAGGCACAAUAAAAAGAUGGUUUUCUUCAUGUAUAUGGAUCACCUAACUGGAGGAGUACUUAUAUAUAGUAAAGAAUCUUUAAUUGUAAAGGGGUCAUCGUUUCUGGUUACCUUUGAUGAUAGAAGCUGCAGCUCAAAACCCCCUAAAAGAAGUUUGUAUAGUUCUUUAGAGAGAGACGUUUCAAUCGUUUUUAUAUGAUCUCUUUGAGAUCAGUCAGCAUUCCAUGACAAAAAUAUGUACCCUUUUUAGAUGUGGCCAAGUUUGAAAGAUGAAUACAGGAAAAUAACAUUUUUUUUUUCUUCUGUAUACAAUAGGCCACUGCCAAGAGGAAUGUAAUGUGACCUUUUGACAUGAAAAUAUUAUAUUUGUUGUUAGAAACUGUCAGAGUGGUAAUAUAGAAACAGCUCAAAAGCACUUGGUUUCAA